AUGACAAUGGAGCAAAGGCCCGUGCAUUUCGACGACGAGUCCGACGAAGAAGAGCAGAAUCCUGGUGCUUUUAUGUGGAUUGAAGGUGAUUCACUUGCACCGCCUUGUCAGAGUGACCAUGAUGUUGUAUCAAAAAUUGUGGAGAUUGCGUGCUUGACCCCAAAUGACGUUCUAUUUGAUUUAGGAUGUGGUGAUGGUCGUAUUUGUAUUGAAGCUGCGAAGCGCUUUGGUGUUCGUGCUAGAGGCGUGGAGAUUGAACAGUUCUUGGUCAAGCGUUUCCGCAGGUUAAUCGCUACUAACGAUCUGGAACGACUUGUGAGUGUUUCUCACGGCGAUCUAUUGGAUGAGGACCUGUCGGAGGCUACGGUUAUCGUCACAUACUUGUUGCCUAAUGCACUGGACCAGCUAGCGUCAAAGUUUGUCAAGCUAUUGGGUCAGACCAACAAGAACGUGCGCAUCAUCUGCAACACAUGGGGCAUUCGUGGCCUUACUCCUGACGAGCGCCAUGACGUUGGACUGUAUAAUAACGUGCCACUGUUCGUGUACAAAAGUCGUAGAGUCUUAUCUACAUCCACAAUGGAAGAGAACAAGUCUAACAAAGGCAUAGCACAAUAG